AUGUCAGGGAAUACAACUACUGUUGGCCGUCAAAAAACAGUUGGUUUGGUCGUUAAACGCUUUUCUGUAGUUUAUACUCGAAUGAAUCAUGAUACUACUGCUAAUAGUCCCAAGGAAUCGGGAACGAAUGCUACAGAAACCUCAAUUCCUUCUCAUGAAAGCCGAAUUGGUAACAAUUCUUUACGACCAUAUCGUAGCGGAGAUUUCCCUAGAACAAUGAAACGAAAAGCAUCUCGAAUCAGUCAUCAUAAAGCUAAACGUGAAAUAAGAAACGCACCAUGGACGCCCGGGGAUGAUUAUUUACUGAUAAAUUCCGUUGUCAUGGUAUGUAACCUUACAGAAGUCUAUCACACUCGUCGAUUAGAAUUACAUCGACGUCGUGGACGUUUGUGGGCACGUUUGCGUCGAAAUAAAGAAGAGGCUAGACGUUGGACACGUCUAGUUGAAAUGUGUAUAACUAAUAGUCUAGAAAUAAUGGAUCCACAACCAGCUUAUCCUGCAUUAGCAUCUCUUACGGGAUCAAGAACACAAUUUUUGAUAAAAGAAAGAAAGGUCAUAUUUGGUCGUAAUUCAUUCGUUUGCCAACCGCAUAUCGAUUUAUCAAUGGAAGGUAUUGACAGUGGACGUGUAUCACGUUGUCAUGGUCAAAUACGCUUAAGUAAAGAUGGUAUAUUUUGGUUAGCUAAUUUUUCAUCUCAUACUGUUUAUGUUGAUGGUAACCCGAUACUAACAGACGAAGAAGUUGAGCUGAAGGAUUUCGCGACAAUUUUAAUUGAUCAUAUCACAUUGAGAUUUGAUGUGAAUCAUGAUUACGUGAAUUGGAUAUGCAGCAAUUAUAGUACUAUUUCCACCACUACAAAUAAUGUUGCUAUUUAUAGUUGCGAUGAUAAGAGCCAUACUAUUGACAAUAAUCAUUAUGAUGGCGACAAAACUCUGAUAAUAAUGUAGAGGAAAAUAUUUUAGAAGGAACUCAACUAUUCGACGAUAGUCAGAGUGAAUUAGCAAAAACCACGAAAUUAACAGCAUUAUCACAUAAUAGUCAAGCUAUAAACACCCACACAAUUAAUGAUCGAUAAACUUCAAGUGAAUACAAAUAAUCCUAGACUCAUAAUGCUGUUAUUUGGUGAACUAUAUUCUAAUUUGUGUGAAUAAUUUUUUUUAAUAAGAAAUAUUCUGCUCUGAAAUUUACUAUCGAGAAGUGAUUUCUGAAAAUUAUGGUCGUUUGUGAGAUGUCGAUGUGUAUUUUACUUAAUGGUGAUUUGAUUCUCAAUUUUGUCAGUUUGCUUUCUGAUACAUACGUUAGAUCAUAUUUAUUUUAUGUAAACACAUAAGCAUUAGUACAAGGCGACACAAAAUAAAUAUGCGCCACAUAAAUCAUCCAAUUUAGUGAGCGCUAGAAUAAUGUCCGGGUGCCCAGAUCGUAGCAGUAGAUCAUACUAACUAAAAUCAAUAAAUUUAUCGACCGAUUUAUCUUGUUCUGUCUUAGUAAUAUUGUUUUAACGCAUUCAGUCAAAAUAGAACUGAUCCUAGGUGUUUGAAGACGGUAGUUAUUAGAAAUCCGAAUCGUUCUAGAUUUUGCGCCAGUUGUCACUUAUUAGUAAAGUUUACAUGCAAGUGUUGAAGUAGUAUGGAAAUUUGUUGACAUGGCUGGAGGUAUACAUGAGAUUUCAUUAAAAGUUUAGUCAGUUAUUCGGUCAAACACAACGUACAACAUGACUCAUGUAUAUCGCUCCAAACUGUCAUACCCCAAAAGAACAAUGAGAUAAAAUUGUCAGGGAAAAUCGCAAGGUAAUUUAGUUAGUGACAAUAUUAGUGAUACUAAAAAAGAUUAGGCAUCGGAAAUACGUCUCAGGAAAACAUAAAUUAGUGAGAAGAUUUACAAGGAAUUUAUAAACUAAGGAUCAAAGGAAAGACAGAACGGACGCAGCUGAAUCACUGUGAACAAAUUUCAGUCAUGCAAUCCAGGCCCCCCAAUUGGUUAUGAUAACCACACGGAUUUCAACCAGAUGAUCGCACCUGUCUACAUGGCUCAAUCUAAUUGUCAAUAACUUCAUGGACUGGUGUCAUGUCUUCGUUCCCCUCCCUUAGCAUUCUUCUAAUCUAAUCCUACACCGGUUGUUAUUGUGUGUUGAGGUAGCCGAUAGACAGCCAUGGUUAAUAUAUAUCCUGACCUUAAACACUCACUACCCCGUCAGUCGACCUGCCAUACUUACCUAGUACUGUGAGUCUAAGCUUAGAGUCGCUAACUCGAUAGUCCUAAAAUGUACGAGCAAUGCUUUCAAGAAACCCAUGAUUGAGUACUAGCAACCUACAAAUAUCCUCUAUUCUUUAUCACCAUGUUUCACACCUAUGAAGUAGGACCGAGCAAAGUGCUGUGUAAUAAAGUCACCCUUCAGUUGGAAAGUGGACAUCUCGCCUAUACCACAGGUGACCGAAACUGAAAAAAGUCAACCGGAUUUUCCGAAUUCGUGUCGAGAAUUUGUCAAACACCAGACCAUCAGGACUCAAUUAAGUGAAGCGGUCGAUACUUUCAACUACUUCCCUCCCUUAAUUCGGGUGCUGACACUGAAGUAACAUUUUGUGUUUAGAGGGAGAGAAUCGCAUUGUUUCUCAAGCUAAUCAGAAGAAUUGUAUCUUAUUCGAGUCUUCACCAACGUUUUAAAUUGCAGACUAAUUCUAACUUUUCGACUUGAGUGAUUGUUUUCUCCUAUGUUCAUUGUCCUCGAGAAACAAGUAUGAUUAGUGGGUAGGUUACAGAUACUUUAAGUUACGAGAGAACAUUGAUACAAAGCUGUGGUCUAUAAAUCACUCAAAUGAAGAGAAAAGAACUGUACAUGCACUAUCAUCAUUAUCAAUAAAGAAAUUAGUUUUAUCGUGUAGUACACUUGACAAUCACUUUCAUUUUGAUAAAUGUGACAUGGAAUUACAUCUCACUUAGAAAGUAGAUGGGAAAGAUGGCUGGUUAAGUAAAAAUUUGCAUUAAAAAAGGCUCCUCUGUCUUUCUAUAGUCAAUAGAUUCUUCUAGUUUCACACUGAUUUGUUAACGUUUAUUUGUCAAAGACUUUGACCUAAGCCCCAUGUUGACGCACUGACUUAAGUUGUUAUUACUCCCAUUAACACUAUAAGUGUCUCCACCUUACGAUCUGUAUUUGUAUUUCUUACUGACUACGUUUGGUUACGCAGCCCGUCUCGUAGUUAUCACCUGUUUGUAAACUGCUUUGAUUAAUUCAAUGCUUCUUCAUCUAUACCCAUAUAAAUAUUUUUGUAUUUGAUGUGUGUGGCUAGUGGAAGUAAGAAGUGAUUGGUCGCCAAGCGCAGACAGACAGAUGCUCGGCUCACAUUGUCCACUUACUUGGUGAUUUUCCUUCCGAUUAUUGAUUUCCACUCUGAACUCACUGAGUGUAGACCGCUUUGUAAUUGUGUUGAAUAAAGUACUGUCUAGUCUAUGCUCUGGUUCUCUUACUGCGGUUGUGAAUCAUAUAUCUGGAAAAACGUGGUUCAAUCUGAUGGUGUCAUAUCGAUCUACUAUACAAUAUAGUGUUAGCGAAACCUUGAUCGCCAGUCGUACUAUCGUUUAUAUCGUGAAAACAAAAUAGUUCCAUUUUAUUAUCAUAUCGGUAUAUAUUAGAGUAAAACCUGACGAAGAAUUCAUUUGAAAACAAUAUUGUCCGCCUAUUUGUGUUUUAAUUUAUACGAUGACAAUUUUUAACGUCAGAAUCACAAUCUGCAUUAUAAAUUUAUGAAUUAUAAAUACAGGUGAGAAGAAAAACAUUAUUACCGUCAAGUACUCACCUGUUAGUAUCGGGUUACCAUCAACAUAAACAGUAUGAGAUGAAAAAUUAGCUAACCAAAAUAUACCAUCUUUACUUAAGCGUAUUUGACCAUGACAACGUGAUAUACGUUCGAAGUCAUCCGAUUUAUUUACGCUGAAAAUCAAAGUUCACAAAUCAAUGGUUUGUCUAAAAUAUCGGUUCUUUAUUGAAUAAUAUACAAAAUUCGCUUACAAACCUAAACCUGUGAGGUAUCUACGGCCUUGAACUAAUCUUUUUGUAUGAAUCAACAAAGUCUUUCUGUAACAUAAUGAAUUAAUACAUUAUACGAUAGUGUAAAAGAUAGCAAAUAGCUAUGUCCAAAUUUGGUGACAGUUUAUCGUCAAGCAAACCAAUAGCAAACAACAGGGAAACCGCUGCGUCUGAACAAAGGUUAAACAAACGCCGAAAAUUGUGGAUAACCGCUACAAUGAUUGAGAUAAAGUUAUGAUAAGUACAAUAAAACGUUAUAAGUAUAUGUAAAUAUUUCAGGAUAUUACACGACAAACUUCCGUCACAACAUAAGCGUAGUAAUACUGUGGGGAGUAGUGUAACGUCGUG